AUAAAAGUUGUCGUUGUUGAGUUUCCAGCAUCAGCCUUCGACGGCAGAACUUCCUUCAUCAUGGCUUUUACGGGAAAGUACGUGCUGGAGACCCAGGAGAACUACGAGGAGUUCUUGAAGGCGGUUGGGAUUAAAGCCCUCGAGGACCUCAACAAUCCCAACGUUGUAACAGACAUCUAUCAGAAUGACACAUUCAGACUGACUAAGUUGUUGGAGGACAAAACCUGGAACAAUCAGUUCCUCAUUGGGAGAGAGGCAGAGCUGAAAACUCUGGAUGGAGAGAAAUUCAAGACCACUGUCACUCUGGAUGGAGGAAAACUGAAGAUUCACUUCCCCAACUAUCUUUACACGGCUGAGGUGGUUGGUGACAAGCUCAUCGAGGUUAAGACAGUGGGUGCAGUAUCGAGCACGCUGAUCAGCAAGAAGAUGAAAUGAACUGCUUCACUUCAGAGGAUCUGGGAACAUGAAUGACCCAAUAAAUCAUGCUUCUCCCAGCA